UUGAAAGUUGACUUGCGGAACACAAAUUUAUUAAGCUAUAACUAAAUCAAACGGAUAUUUCGAUAGCUCCUGCUAUCUUCAUCAACGUUAAAGUGAGCUCACUUAUUAGUAAUUAUGACGGUGGUUUGGAAUAUAACACCAACAUUUUAAUGCAUUUCAAUUGCUAUAAAAAAAAAAUUGGCCAAUGAAUUAUUAUUGUAAACAAGUGAACGCAUCAUUUUUACCAUGGCAACACUAAACUAAAGCUAGAAAGUAUAAAUAGGCACGAUUGGCUUAUAAAAUCAAACAAAAUCACUGUGUUUCAAAGCAUAACAUCAGGUACAGGUAAGAGUACAUUUAACAUCUUAUAUCAUUUGAUAACUAGUAUGUUAUCGAAUAUUUUAUUUUUUAUUUUAUUUAUUUAUUUUUUUUUUGUAAGUUAUGACAAUAAUGUCAUUCUAAUGGUGGAUAGGAUCUCAGCGUUAUAUGUUUCGUUUGUGGAUCCGCCCUUAAGUACAAUGUUCUCAGCAUUGUUGCCGUUGUUCUUUCCUUUUGUAUACAACCCCCUACAAUUAUUCUAAAGAGCAAAUAAGUUAACCAUUUUUGGACCAAACCAAAUCAGUUCUGCUAAAUUAUUGCCGGUAAUUUUAUUAAUCUUUAUAUUAGUCACGUUUCUGGAUCUGCCCUUCAGUACAAUAUGUUUACGUUCUUGCUGUUGUUCAAUCCAUUGUGUUUUUUUCACCUACAGAUCAGAUCAUUUUUGGACCAAACAUGCAGUCAUGCUGAAGUACACGUGUCGAUAAUUUUUAAUAAUCUGGAUAUUUUGCCAGGUUUCUGUUAGAAGCCAUGCGAUUAUGUGUUGUUAGAAAUAUUUUAUUUAAAAUGAUAACAUUUGUAUAAUAUCGAUAUUUAAUAACAUUCAUUUUUUUUGCAGACGAUCACCAUGUCAUUCAACGUUACUGCACCUAAAUUUGCCUACGGACCCCUCACUUUAGCAUUCAUUGUCGGCUUGUUCUUAUUAUUAAUUGUUCUGAUUUUAACACUGAAUGCUCUUAUGAUUGUCUCUAUCAUACGCAAACGCGAGCUUCUUGAGAAGCCGACUAACGUCUUGAUCAUCGGACUUGCGUUCAGUGACUUUGUAACAGGCUUUGUAGGUGUACCAGUAUACAUCCCGAAAGUUGUAACUGGGAAGCAAUUAGAAACUAUGGAUAAAGAUGACCCAAACCUACUGGUUAUUAUAAUAUGUAUAUCGAUGUCUAUUGUAUUGCAUUUGCUUUUGACUAUCGAUCGAUAUAUAUCGAUUGUGUAUCCGUAUCGGUAUCUGAAUAUUACUGCAAAAAGAACGGUGUUUGUGACCUGUGCGUCUGCGGGCACUAUCAUUUUUCUAAUUGGUCUUAGAACCUUUGUAGGAGGUCGUUUUGCAUUGUUAUGUUUGCUUGUCCUUGGUAUUUCUCAACUGAUGAUGCAAAUAAAAGUAAUGAAUAUUGCAGUGAAGAUGUCAAAAUCUCGGCAAAAUGAUCAGACAUCCAGAAAUGAGGUGAAAGCCAUCAAGAUGACUAUAUUGAUCUUCAUUGCAUAUGACGGAUGCUUUCUUCCAAAGUUCUUCUUUAUAGUCUUGCAACAGUCAGCCUAUCAGUUAAGUUUAUCAAUUCUCACCAUGCUUCGAGUAUUGACCGAUAUAAUUUGGAUAAGCAAUAGUAUAGUGAAUCCCAUUAUUUGUGCCAUGACCAAUUUGGCAAUAAAUAAAGCAUGUAGGGAAAUUUUUAACAUUAUAUUAAAAAAACACAGCGUGCACCCCCUAAGAAAUGGAGAUACCUAGGCAUAUCUCUAUUUCUAUUUGCUAAUGACUGGAUGAUGGCUUUGCACUCGUAAAAGAACUCAGUACUAAUCAGACAAGAGUAAGAUGGUUUAAACCCACUAAUAUAACAAUCAUCCACUUUUAACAUUAACCACGUUGUAACAAAAAUCAACCACUGUUGUUACAUCAACCACUGCUGUAAUAAUUCAUUAACCACUAUUGCAACAACGAUUUAACCACUGUUGUAACAAAAUUGUUUAACCACUAUUGUAACAACAAUUAACCACUAAUGUAACAACGUACAAUAUACAAGUCUCCUAGCCGAAAAGUUAUGAACAUUGUCGUAUUAAAACCAAACUUCACCUUAAUUAUGUUUGAGAAAUAGAAUGAGGCUUAUGAAAUCCAUAUUGGUGUUUAUUUAAUAAAUCAAAUUGUGUUAGAUAAUCAUAAAGUCUUCUAAAGUCAGUUCUUCUAUAUGGUGCCGAGUGUUUGCGAGUGGUAAAGAGCGACAUGAACAAAAUCAAUGCCUUUCACAAUAGAUGCCUCAGGAGAAUGUCGAAUCUUCUGGCCCAACAAGAUUUCGAAUGAAGAACUCUACAAGAAAACAAAGAGCCAGAGUGAGGUGCUUGAAAUCAAACGCCGAAGGAUGCGGAGGCUUGGGCAUGUCCUCAGUCCUCAGAAUGGACCAAAACCGUAUCCCCAAGACUGCAUCGAGAUGGACAAACCACCUGGAAAAAGAAAGGCAGGGAGGCCUAGAACAACCUAGAGACGUACUGUGAUGGUCGAGCUGAAAGAGAUGUGUGGCAUGGAACGAGGCAGAACAUGUAGCAUAAGAUCGCUUCAGAUGGAAGCAGAUCGCAUGACGCCGUAUGUUCCGCACGGGAGGAAGAGGAUUAAAUCCCACAAUAUUCAGGCAUCAUGGAUCAAGAAUUUUCUGUUAAAGAAGAACCAACUAUGCUCGGAUAUGAAAGGAAUGAUAAUCAGAAUUCUAAAAUUAAGGUUGAAAUAGGCCAGAACAGUGAUUUCCUCAGCAGUGAUGAAGACAAUAUUAAAAACACAGGACAUUUUUUGAUGUCAGAAAAAACAGAAAUUUCUGCUUGUGGAGAGGAGUUUAAAAAUACUAGCACUUUUGAGACACAUUUGAGUAUGCAUAAAAAUAAAAAGAUGUUUGAAGACAACAUUAAUUUGAAAGCACAUCUUACGACAGAGACAGCAGAAGAAGAAUAUGAUUGUGACCAUUGUGAACAAAAGUUCAAAGAUGGAAGCGCUUUGAAGACACAUUUGGGUAUACACAUAGUAGAGGUAUCAUACGACUGUAAAAAGUGUGGAAAGAAGUUUGAUUAUUAUGGCGCUUUGAAACAACAUUUAAGGAAACAUAUCGUAGAAUGUGAACUGUGUAAAAAAAAAUUUAAAGGCUAUCGUGCUUUGAAAUAUCACUCACGGGUGCAUACAGAGCAAAAGAAAAUAUAUGAGUGUACACAUUGUGGAAAGCAUUUUAAACAUCAUGGCAAUUUUAAUAAUCAUUUGAGGACACAUAAAACAGAAGAAUGUGAAUAUUGUACACAAAAGUUCAAAGACCAUCAUGCAUUGAACACACAUGUAAGGAUGCAUAAAAACCAAGAGCAAAGAUAUGAAUGUACACAUUGUGGAAAGCAUUUUCAAGUAUAUGGCACUUUGAAAAAACAUUUGAGGACACAUACAAAAGAAUGUGAACUCUGUAAUCAAACAUUUAAUAACCUUCACGCUUUGGAAAAUCACAGACAGAAUGUUCAUUUGAUAACACGUUUGAGGAAAAGAACAACAGAAACAUGUGAACAUUGUGAACAAAAGUUUAAAGACCACCAGGCUUUGAAAAUGCAUUUGAGGAUGCAUGCGAUGCAAGAGAAAAGAUAUGAAUGUACACAUUGUGAAAAGCGUUUUAAAUACUAUGGCAGUUUGAAAACGCAUUUGAGGAAAAAUACCUGUACAACAGAAGAGUGUGAAUAUUGUAAACAAACGUUUAACGACCAUCGCGCUUUGGAAAAUCAUAGACAGAAUGUACAUUUGAGGAAAAGUACAACAGAAACAUGCAAACAUUGUAAACCGUUUAAAAACCAUCAGUCUUUGAAUAAAGAUUUGAAGAUACAUGUACAAGCAAUGCAAGAGAAAAUAUAUAAAUGUAUACAUUGUGAAAAGAAUUUUAAAUACUAUGUGGCUUUUUUAAAACAUAUUUGAGGAAACAACUGUACAACAGGAUAAUCUGAAUAUUAUCUGUCGCGCUUUAGAAUAUCAUAGACAGAAUGUACAUUUGACAACAUGUUUGAGGAAAGGAGAGACACCAUAAUAUGUAUAUGAACAUUGUGGAAAGAAGUUUAAAGUAGGGAAUGUUUUGAAAAAACAUGAUGCUACAUACAAGGAAGACCAUAUGAAUGUGAACAAUGUGGAAAGAAGUUUAAACAGAAAGGCAGUUUGAUAACACAUUUUAGGAUACAUACAGGAGAGACACUUUUUUGUUUGUGUGUGAGAAAUGCGGAAAAAAGUUUAAGAGAGGAAGUACAUAGAAAAGACAUUAGACGAUACAGUAGGCCCACGUACUAAAAUAAAAAUGUGAACAUUGUGGAAAAAUGUUCAGACACAUGAGCAAGUUGAUUCAUGCAGAAGAAAAAAACCAAAAAAAAAACCACAUUUGAAAAAUCAUUUGAUAUCACAUACAUGAGAGAAAUCAUGAUUGAAACAGUUCAAUUUCAAUGUAAAGCACUGUACCAUUGAUUCCAAUGCGUAGUGCAGGAUAUACCACAUACAUAGAUUUCAGGGAUCCGAUUGGUUAGAAAGUGGUAAUAAUUUCAACCAUCACUCUUAUGACGCACUUUGAAUAAUAGUUCAUAAAUUCCCAGAGAAAAAGUGCUGUCACGUUAAGUACUUUUUUGUCCUGUCGCAAUGUAAUCUCUAAACUGCACUUAUACCGUAACUUUGCUGUGUGUGAAUGACACACACUGUAAGACGGUAAAGAGAACUGCGACUUCUACGACGAGAGAUUGGCCCUUUGACCGCCUUGGCCUACACUAAGAAGUAAGCUUAGGCCUACUUUGUGGGUACUCUUUUUAUUACAGCUCUCUGUUUAGUCUUUUUAAGAGUCUAUGUACAAGUGGUACAGUACAUAUAACACA